GGAAUGCUAUGCGUAUGUGCGAUCUUUCACCUUGAAUGAAUUCAAGCUGAAUUGGCAUUCUAAGAAGUACACUUUGUUAUCUGUAAAUCUGGCAAGAUUAUUUAUUACCUUAUCAGAUUUUCUACUGUACUGUAAUUGCGUACUUUAUAGUGCAGAUUUUAAUGAAAAUAUUAUACGUCACAUUAAACGAAACAAUCGAGAUGCGAUCAAGUUUAUUUGUUCAAGGCGAGGGCCAAUCGAGUGGAUCCGGAAAUUAUCUUUUGAUAUAUCGCUCGAUUAUCUUGGCGUCGUAUACAUUAUUAUAGCUGUCUGAUCGCGUUGACGCCCAGUCAUCAAUGCGGUUUUGAAGACUUGAAUCGAGGUCGCUUGUCACAUGACAGUGAGUUGAGUUCGAUACUACGUUCACUAUGGCAGAAUCCCAGGUGAAGAGGGUUUCUCUCGGAGUUGGCGGCGUUUUGGUGGAGCUCCCGAACGAGCCGAAGCGAGGUGUUUGGGCCAACCAGAUCGAAUUUGUUCUAUCCUGCAUUGGGUAUGCCGUUGGCAUCGGCAAUGUUUGGCGUUUCCCUCUCUUCAUAUAUCGCAAUGGCGGUGGUGCCUUUUUAAUUCCCUUCAUUCUCAUGUUAAUCACCAUGGGUCUGCCAAUAUUCUUCUUGGAGCUUUGUAUGGGCCAGUACACUAGAUUGGGGCCCAUAAAGGCUUUCAGCCAUAUGGCACCUGCUUUUCAUGGUCUAGGUUAUUGCACGUUGAUCGUUAUGGCCUUUGUGCUAAUAUAUUACAUGAUAAUAGUCGCGUGGACUUUAUUCUACACUUUUGCUUCUUUCUUUCCUAAACUCUCCUGGGCGUACUGCGAUAAUCCUUUCAAUACGAAUAAUUGUUACAGUGGCCUUCAGGAUAAUGCGUGCAAAGAAACUAGUAAUUCGACUUUUAUAUUUUACAAUAAGACCUGCGUAGCUAUCCGUACGGUCUGUUCCAGCUUUGACUACAUCGACAAUAAUAGUACCCAUUGUAUUCACGCAAAUGGCACGGCCGUAACAUUCGGUAAACUCUACAACCGGACCCUGUCAUCCGAGGAGUACUUUAGAGACUACGUUCUCGGUCUGCGCGGAGCUACAUGGGAAAACUUUGGCGGCAUACGAUGGGAAUUAUUCGGAUGCCUCACGCUAGCUUGGAUAGUGUGCUACUUAUGCCUGGUGCGCGGUAUCCAGACCGUUGGCAAAGUUGUCUAUUUCACCGCGCUCUUCCCUUACGUCGUUCUCACAAUUCUGCUAAUACGAGGUGUUACGCUGGAAGGCUCCACUUAUGGCAUGGAGUGGUACAUAUAUCCCGAUUUUUCGAAGCUGAAUAACGCAAGUGUGUGGGCAGAUGCAGCCUCUCAAAUCUUCUACUCGCUCGGCAUCGCCUGCGGAUCCUUGGUGACCCUUGCGAGCUACAGCAAUUUUACGAACAAUUGUCACAGAGAUGCCAUUCUCGUCACAUGUACGAAUCUAUUAACGUCUGUUUUCGCUGGCUUGGUGAUAUUCUCGAUACUUGGGUUCCUGGCCCGGGAGAUGCAAAUGCCGAUCCAGGAUGUGGUCCAGAAUGCAGAGGGACUGGCUUUUAUCGCUUACCCGGAGGCGGUGGUGCGGAUGCCGUUGCCGAAUCUCUGGGCUAUCCUCUUCUUCUUCAUGCUCUUCAUACUCGGCCUCGGUAGUCAGUUCGCAGGCGUGCAAGCGAUAAACACCGCCAUACUGGACAGGCAUCCGGAUUUGCGAAAAUAUGAGAGUAUCGUGAUACUGGCUAUAUGCGCUGCCUGCUGGCUCCUGGCGAUUCCGAUGAUAUUCGACGGCGGUAUCUACCUGUUCAAGCUGAUGGACUGGCACACAGCCUCCUGGGCGAUACUAUUGAUCGGCUUUGCCGAACUCAUUGUGCCUUCUUGGAUCUAUGGAUGUAACAGAUUCAUCGACAAUCUUGCGGAGAUGAAGAUGACGUUUGGCCGUUUUCUCCACGGAUACUGGUGGUUGAGCUGGGUGAUUCUAGCACCAAUCACUUGCCUGCAUCAACAUAUACUGCUGAACGUUACAGCCAGCGGUAGUAACGAAAAGGAAGACGUAGCACAACCAUGCUUAAUCCCGUCGAGUUACUCUUAUCUUCCUCUCCCGUUGUUUUCGGACGUUCCGCGCACACUUCGAAAAUAUUUGUGCGAUUUUGCACGAGGAGAUAUGACCUUGCGGGAACGUGAACGGCACUGGCGGCACGUAUCUCGCCCAUUAUCGGAUUCGCAACAAUUUAAUUUGUGCCCUUUUAAUUGUUCGCAGAACUUCCUCAGUUUAUUUCGGCCCUCACCGUCAUGGAAGUCGGCUGAAGAGAUGCUGGAUAAUGCUAGCAGUAUCAGCACCGCGUUGGACAAUCCGGCAUACGUCCCGGAUACGUCCCGGCAUAGUAAAUUUUGAAUCUAGCUGUUUGGUUUACGAUAAAUGGUAACUUCAAGAAAGAGAUUAUUAAAUUACAAUUGGUACCUUGAAAAACCUUGUUUUCCAAUGUCUUUACAAGUGUAAUUUUAGAGGUGCGAAUUUGGAGAGCAAAAGUAUUUAACAGAGUUUAAUCAUUUUUUAUUUUACAUCAAUUAUUUUUUAAAACUCGAAUACUCGGAUUGUUUAUCUUGAAUAGAAAUUUUUAGUAAUUUUAAUAUCCUUUAAUCACUUUUAUCGAAAAGUCAUUACUGAAACAAUUUAAAAGUCAUUGAAUAACAAAAAUAGUUAUCUCUGAAAUCGUGUAUAUUACAGAAGCACUUUUGUCACGGGAACUCGUAAUGUUUUCUAUAGAUAAAUUCUGAAACAGUCAAACGGAGAGAAUAUCAAUGUCUCAUUAUAAUUCCUGUAAUGGCAGCUAAAGAGAAAAUUCGCAUUAAUAAAGAUAAGAAAA